AUGACUUGUCGGGAUGACGGUUGUAUCUGGCAGGUUACAUGUGGCGUGGAAUGUGUGAGUGUACGCGUUGCGCGAGUGUGCGCGAGUGUGCCAGGUGGGCUCCCAUUAGCAGCGAGCCUCGCGGCCGCUCUUCAUCUUUAUGAUAAUUAUUUUCUGUUUGUUUUCGUCGAAGAAUCGGCCCGCCUAGCCGACCGACGCUUCUCAGAACCAUCUUCCAUUGUGACAGACUCACCGUCUCGGUGGAAUACGUUCGUGCCCCUUGCCCCUCCCCGCGGCCUCGAUGCUGGAUCACAUCAAUCCACAACAGCCAUUAAGUAUAAUAUUAAAUACAAAACCAAAGUUGAAUGGAGCGUGGCGAUGAAAAGGUUCAUUUCUGAUUUUUGA